GCCAGUACUACCACCUGCGCCGCCACCGCCGAAGGUGCCAAUCCCACCUCCGCCGCCAUUCCCACGGCCGCCACCGGCGCGGCCAAUGGCACCAAUGAUGAUGGCGGCUCCCCAGAUGAUGGCUGCCCCGAUGAUGGCUCCCCAGAUGAUGGCUGGCCAGAUGAUGGCUCACCCGAUGAUGGCUGGCCAGAUGAUGAUGGCUCCCCCGACGAUG